AUGUCUAAUUAUUGGGUUUGGAUUUCUCAUGGAGAAGAUUAUGAUAUUCUAAAUAAUCAUUCUGAGGUUUUUGAUGAUUUUGAAGAUGGUGGUGAAGAUCCAUUGCAAACUGAAACUGCUACGGAGCCAGUAAAUCCUUAUGUGGCUAUGGCUUCUGAUGCUUUUCCUCAUAUGGAAGAAGAACCGAAUGCUGGGGCAAAAAUGUUUUAUGAUAUAUUAGAUGCUGCAAAACAUCCCAUAUAUAAUGGAUGUAAAGAAGGUCUUUCACAGUUCUCAUUAGCAUCUCGACUCAUGAGUUUGAAGACAGAUUAUAAUCUACCUCAGAACUGUAUGGAUUCAAUUUCUCAGAUGAUGCAAGAUUAUUUACCUGAAGGCAACAAUUCAAUGAAUUCAUACUAUGAUAUAAAGAAGCUUAUGCGGUUGUUGGGUUUGCCUUAUCAAAAAAUUGAUGUUUGUCGAGAUAACUGCAUGAUAUUUUGGAAGGAUGAUGCGAAAGAGGAGGUGUGCAAAUUCUGUAGGAAAGACAGAUUUCGACCUAUUCAGAAGCCUGGCCAGAAAAAGGUUGCAUAUCAACAAAUGUUUUAUUUGCCGAUAGCAGAUAGACUACAAAGACUAUUUCAUUCAGGUAAAACAGCAAAAGAUAUGAGAUGGCAUGCAGAACACACGUCGAAUGCUGGAGAGAUGUGUCAUCCCUCAGAUGGAGAAGCAUGGAAACAUUUUAAUAAGGUAUUUCCUACUUUUGCUGCUGAACCAAGAAACGUUUACCUUGGCUUAUGCACAGACGGAUUCAGUCCAUUUGGUAUGUCUGGACAUAACUAUUCUCUGUGGCCUGUUAUCAUGACUCCUUAUAAUCUACCACCAGAGAUGUGCAUGAAACAAGAACUUAUGUUUCUAACGAUUCUUGUUCCUGGUCCAAAUCAUCCGAAGAGAAGUCUGGAUAUUUUUCUUCAACCGUUGAUAGAGGAGUUAAAGGAUUUGUGGAUUAAUGGCAUUCAAACUUAUGAUAUUUCUACCAAGCAAAAUUUUCAGUUACGGGCAGUACUUAUGUGGACAAUUAGUGACUUUCCAGCUUAUGGUAUGCUUUCUGGGUGGACAACUCAUGGUCGACUGGCAUGUCCUUAUUGUAUGGAUCAGACGGAUGCAUUUCAGUUGAAAAAUGGUAGAAAGACAAGUUGGUUUGAUUGUCAUCGACGUUUUUUACCGACUGAUCAUAGCUAUAGGAGGAACAAGAAGAACUUUAAAAGAGGAAGGGUUGUCGUUGAUGGUCCACCUGAAAUACUUACAGGCGAGGAAAUCUGGAAUGAAGUCAGCCAGUUGCCAAAAACAGUUGGUUGCGGAGGAAACCAUGGGAAAUUAAAAGGAUAUGGUGAAACUCACAACUGGCAUAAGCAGAGUAUAUUUUGGGAGCUGCCAUAUUGGAAAGACCAUAAACUUCGUCAUAAUCUUGAUGUGAUGCAUAUCGAAAAAAACUUUCUCGAUAACAUCAUCAAUACUUUGUUGAAUGUGCAAGGGAAGACAAAAGAUAAGAUCCAAUCACGACUUGAUUUGGCAGAGUAUUGUAAUCGCAAAGAACUGCAUUUAACAGCUGAUGGAAAGGCACCAGUCCCCAUUUUUAGACUACAAGGCGAUGUAAAAACAGCUUUUCUAAAAUGGCUCGAAAAAGAUGUGAAAUUCUCUGAUGGAUAUGCAUCAAGUCUAUCCAAAUGUGUUGAUUUAUCAAGUGGGAAAUUAUCAGGAAUGAAAAGUCAUGAUUGUCACGUUUUAAUGCAACGACUACUUCCAGUUGCAUUUGCCGAGCUGAUGGAUAAAUCUGUUCAUGAAGCACUAUCAAAAAUUUCUGCUUUUGGUACUUAUUACUUUGAGCCACAUAUCAAGACAAAAAGCCGAAGAGAAGAUCGACACUAUGAUGGAUGUAGUCAAAUUGAUACAAACGAGAACAAUGAAGUGCCAGAUAUUUUUCAUCAGCAAGGAAGAGGAAGUGGUAAAGAGAAAGAAAUAUGGCUUCAAGAUAAAGACUACAUUAUCGCGCAUACAUAUGUUCUACUGAAUUGCGAACAAGUAAGGCCAUUUGAAAGGUUAUUUGAUGAGAAUAUGGCCAUUUCAUAUCCUGGAAUAAGUGAAAAUGAUCUAAGUCAGCUUAAAGAAAAAGAAUUUGCAAAGUGGUUACAAAAUCAUGUGGAGAAUAAUAAGAUAAAUAUUCCGUGGUUACAAACGUUUGCACAUGGUCCUAUGACAAAAGUUACUUGUUGGCCGAUAUAUUUUUGUCGGGGAUAUAUAUUUCACACAUAUGACCAUGGAAAAGACAAAACAAAUGCAAAUUAUGGAGUUUGUGUGAAAGACACAACAUCUCAUGGAUCAAGCAGAGAACCUGAUUUUUAUGGAGUAUUACGAGAGAUCUAUGAGCUCCAUUAUCCUGGACCGGUGCAUCUUAAAGUUGUGCUUUUUAAAUGUGAUUGGUAUGAUUCAACCAUUGGAAAAGGUGUACGGGUGAACAAGUCUGGGAUUAUUGAUGUUCAUACUGGAAAGCGUCAUGGAAAAUAUGAUCCCUUUAUUUUAGCUUCACAAGCAGAUCAAGUAUGUUAUGUUCCGUAUCCACGAGUAACUCAGAAGAAAGACCAUCACUGGAAAGCAGCUAUUGUGAUUCAACCACGGGGAAAAAUAUUGGUGAAUCAAAAUUUUGAUUCCACUGCAAUGCAACAUAGUGAUGAUAAUUCAGUUGUUUCUACUGAUCUACUACAAGUCGAAACAUUAGUAAAUCUACAAGGUCAAACUGAAAAUCUCGAAGAUGUAGAAGAAGAAGCAGGAUUAAGAUCAGACGAGGAUGAAAAUAAUGAUUACGAGUUAACAGAUAAAGAAUCUGAUUAA